UUCGCUUUUUCGUUCGGUGGGUUCAGGUAGGCAAUUCAAUGCAUGCUCUAGUGACUUCCCGUGCACACGGCGGAGCUCCAUUUGGGACUUGAGGCAGAGUGAGGGAGCACCGGCGGCGAGGCGACAUUGAGUUCCUAAUGCAGCCCAUACGUGGAUCCACUUUCCUGGAGGAGGCAGGAGAGAGUAUGGUGCCGCCCGCUUUGGCUUCAGCGACGGAGGGGGCUGACAUGGUGGUGGAGCACCUGGUGCUGGAGCAAGCAGUGGUAGAGUUAGAACAUGCAGUGGCCAGCGCGGACGCACAAAUCUUGUCAGCCAAGGAGGCGGCGGCGGCGCCGAGGGGAGAGAGCUCUCCGCCAACAUCGGAACUGUCGAUUGGGAAGAUGAAUCCUUGGGCACCUGGAUGGAACAAAAGGCUUAGGAUUGGGGCUGCUGCACCAAGCAGAACACCUUGCCCAAAACCGUGUCAGUGCAUUUGACAGUCUAGCUGGUGAAAUGAAGGACCUGGAUUACGGAGGCCAGCAGCAGUGCCAGCAGCUGGAGUGGUGAGGUGAAAUGCUGGUGAUAGGGUCGAUGCUAUGCUGGGGCAUAUCAGAGUAAGGACAGGUGCCACUGCGUGUGACAGGUAAUGCAGAUCAAAUGGAGGGGUUCCUACAAGAAAUCACAUCGAUGCAUGUAUCUGCUGAAGGUGGGGGAACAACUAUAGAAGAUUCAGAGCAUGAAGGGAUAGGUGGGCAGGGUGGCGCUGUAGUCAAUGACGCAGCUAUCAAGAAGGAGGAUGAUGGUGUGGGUACGGAUGAAGUUAAGACAGAACGCUCAAGUGUGGUGGACAUUGACAAAGAGCGUGUGACGCAGCUGCAGACAGAGCUAUAUGAAGAAUAUGUGACGGAGGAAGCAUCUCGUCAAGCGAAACGGUAGAUAUCAGUCAUUGCACCAUCAAUGAUUGUGGACAUCAUGGACAGUGAUAGCAACGAUGAUGGCGCAUUUGAAGAGUGGUGAGAUCCUGAACACGACCAGCUAGUGGAGAUUGACAGGAGGAUCAGGGAAAAAAAGCAAUAGAUGCCGAGGUUGCAAAGAAGUGCCAUGAGGACGCAGAAAGACAGGAAAAGGAGCUGGUGGAGAGGCAUGCAGAGGUUGCAAGAACGUGUCAUGAAGAGAUGGAACCGGAGGUAAGGGAGAAAGUGGAGACGGAUAAUGAGGUUGCUCGUAUGCACCAAAACCUGUACUACCAAAAUGCCACAGAUGAGAAGAUCAAGAGGGCGUCUGCUCUAUUUGUUGUCGGACAACUAGUACCUAAUAUUGCUCGGGAAUCAAGUGCAGAGGGAGGCCAAACGCCAGACAUAGGUGUUCACACAAGCUUGGAUGUUGGUCAGCAUGCUCAGCUCACAGGAUCGAACUUUAUGGACAGUGCCAGCCCCAGAGGGCAAGACAAUGUGAAGCGGACCAAGCAACGGAGAAGCAAGAGGAGGUCUAAGAGAGCAAGGAGUAAGAAUCGUAGGAAAGUUCGAUUCUCAAACAUGGUUCAGACAAUCUGUCCAACCGAGAGCUCGAAAACUAAUGAUACAAGCAGUUAUGAUGGAAAUGUUGCUAGCGCCGAGGACAAUGGGGGACCAAUCCGUACAAGAGUAAACAAUAGCUUAGAGAAUGGCAUAUCGAAGCACGGAACAGAGUGCCAGGGGCUGUGGGGCAGGUUGGUGCGACUGUUUCAAACGUGCCAGUUGUUUCAACUCUCAGGAAUGAUUGCACCGCUACUGGUCCCACCGAGCCUAGAGAUGCAUGCAAACAAGGGCGGAUGAGAUUCCUGAAACUAAUGGCACCGUAACAAUAGAUACAUAUUCAUGGGUACAACAGGGGUGGGUGCGGUGAUAAAUUAAACGGGUAUGGUUCAAUGCAGUCCGUUUAGUGGCUAACGUCUGAGCCAUAGUCCAAGACGCGGGAGCCCCAUCUGAGCCGCUGCUGUGGGGAUGACGGCCAUUGCAUUAAAAGCGGUGGAUGGGUGGGCCAUGGUGUGGGAAAAAGCUGCGCAUACAAGUCUGAAUACAGACUAAAAUACAUGGGGCGAUGCGAAUCUUAGCAGUAGCUAACGGCUAUGAUAUCGAGUCCAUCUGAGCUCGAGCUCAGACUUUCGGUUUAUACUUUCCUUGAAUAGUUGUAUGCUGGAAGUUUGUUCACCAUUACAGCUGCGAUGGGCAAAGAAGACUCGCCAUGUUUCAUAAGGGAUGGUCUGAAAAGACUCUCAACCCUGCCAAUGCACAUAGAUGCGUGGAAGAAAUCAGCCACCCAAGUACCUACAAUGAUGUCUCUAAUCCGGGCCAAGGCUUAUGUGCUAGAAAUGGAUCCAUCUGAGAUGGCUGGCGGGUUUCAAUACGUAUGGUACUCGAUUCACGGCAAAGGACUAUGCCCGCUGCAUGAAAGAAACUCGUGUCUUGGUGAGUCAAUUGGUUCAAGGCCUCGAUCUGAAGAAAUAUCGGGCGGCUUACAAUGAAGAGAACAUGGGAGUUGACCCGCCCACUUUUGACCCUAUCAACUUGACUCCUGCUGGUCGUAAGCACAUAGUUGCUCCUGAUGUUGACCCAUCAAUUAUCAUGCAAGUUGAUGUUAUCUUCCAAGAAUUAACGACCUACAAUUGGGAUCUUGACAACCUUCAGAACCAAGACGAGCUAGCGCAGGAUGAUACGGAAAACAUCAACUACGGCAGAUGAUCAAGGCGUCAACCCAGAGCAGGUUAACCCGGAUGGUACACGAGCCGUCUUGCAGGAGUAAUGACUCCUAAGAAAACUUUGAUGAUUUAUGUAAGCCCUGCUGUGGCUUUUGUAACAGGAUAGUACAAACUUUGUUGUCUUUGGUGCCUUCGUGUACUUUUGAAACUUUGGAAGUAUAGCUGCUUAUGGCUGGUGUGGUGCUUCCCUUGACCCUCCUAGCAUGUUAGGAAAUACCAACUUCUUUGAAGUACGGCAAGGCAUUGUUGUAUGAA